AUGAGCGCUGAAGUUUUAUUUGAAUCCUCCCAAAAUGAUCAAUACCUCGAACUCAGCUCUUUAACAACAGCUCACUUGGAUAUCGCAGAUUGGGCAAACUACCACCAGCACUCUGGCUCUGCCUCCUCAGGCCAUGUACCAUAUCCUGCAUCUGUCUCCUCUGCAGAACUUCGAGCCUGGUUCCGUGCAUACCCAUCCAGCGGGAAACUUCCUUCAACAAAAACCUCAGCAGCUGCACAGCCAAAUACCAAUUCAGUAUCGUCAUACUUUGGAAAAGAAUACAUGACACAAGACCCAAGAAGCCAGGCUGCAUUCCUAGAAGCCUUGACAAGCGGGGGGUUAGACCAGAAUAGUAGUAAAAGUGAAGUAACACCACAAAUAAUGGAUUUCCCCUCAAGUAGUACACCUCGAAACAAAAACUUAAGAAUCUUGGACAACUUGUUGUUGCUAACCUCUGAGUAUAUCGAUGAUUCACACCAGAGUAUAUACAUGAUUUUCUCAUACCUACUGAGGAAAAUGGUAGAAGUAUGCGAUGCCAGUUCUAGUUGGAGCUGGGCUGAAAUCUACCUCCGUUCAUUCUCCCGAUUGAUCAGCCAAUCUCAAGUUGACCCCAAAGAAGACUCAAGUCAAGCCAAAAAUACCCCGUUUUCAUCGUCCCCACACUCGCAAACAUCUUCAUCAACAACUUCUUCUAAAAAAUCAUCACGUCGCCGGUCAAGUGAAGCCAGGAGAAUGUUUCACGCAUACCGUACUUCAUUUCUAAUCUCUCUGACGUGUUACCUGGCCUGUAAAAUGGCUGAGUUUGAUCCCGCACGUGAACCUCAAAUGUCCAAAGUGUUUACCCAGAAUAUCAUACCCAUGUUGACCAGUCUAUGCAAUAACCAGUCAGAUGUGUGUGAUACCCCAGGUGUAGCGUUGAUGUAUAUUUUUGUGCGUGUAGAUAUCCCAAUUCAAGAGUUGAUGUUCAAAUACCAGCGAGCUACUCUUUAUACCAAAGAUCACAAGACUACCGACAAAAGUUACUUUAACAAUGAAGAAAUCAGUGAAGAUGGAAGUACAACGUUUAGCCCAACAACAAGUCUAAGUGAAUUGUCCAGCCCAGGCUCUAAGUUGCAAUACUUGACUUACAGGCUGAUCCAUCCUGAAUCAAUGAUGAACAACAAUCCAAUUAAAUUUAUCCCCAAGUUCUUACAUGUUUUUUGGCUCUGGUGCGUGGCCAUGGGAUACUACCGGCGAUGCUGGACACGGGCAGGGAAUGACGCAAACCAUAUGGCUUCCUUUUCAGCUUCUCUCCUCUCACCCUUUUCUGCCCCGCAGCCCUUGAGGUUUUACAACCAAAGCAUUAACGAGGCCACUUUCUGCAGUCAGGACGAGAGUUUUUUACAAGUGUUUAAAAAGCUUGUUAUUGACAGUUAUAUCAUGGAGAGUGAUGCGAGUGUGCGGCGGUUGUAUGCCGUAGUAUUUUCCAUCAAACGGCUACCCUUUGGAGAAGACGAGUCUGCACCUCCUUCACCGCUCUACUUGAACGGCCGCAACCAGAUUCUGUAUCAUGCCGGAUACAGCAUGAUUCUGAGCGAGUUUGCAGAGCCCCGGAUUUAUGCGACAUCGGUGGAACUCACACGGCUGGUGCAAAACUCGUUAUGCAGAUUGAUUCCAAAACACGUCCACUGGAAGCUGCUUAUGUUGUCGUUGUUCAAGGUCCCGUCAACAGCACCGGCAACAUCAUUGGCACGGUACUAUCGGAAAAAUAAAAAACUGAGCAGUGUUGGAAGAAGCCUAGUUGCAGUUAAAAAGAAAGUGUUUGUGACGUCUGUACAGCGUGCAAUGUUUGAUAGGUUUGUAUAUUAUAUGCCGUCGCUAGUAUGGGAUGGUGUUUUAAAGGAAGGCAAGUAUUGA